ACUCCACAGGUGCUAAUCAUCGCCUUGAUCGUCGCGGGCAAAAAAUACCUGAGCUGAUAAGAGGAGGAGGAAAGAGAAGAGGAAUAAACAUUUUGAAAGCGAUGGAUCAAGGAGAUGGCGUUAAUCGUAUACAAUACACUUAGAAACUCGCAGGCGUUAUGCAAGUCUUAUGCAAGUAUAUCAUCCCCCCGGUUGCAAUAAUCGGUGGCGUAUCCACCUGUGUCAUACCAUCCAUCCUCCCUCGCCCUCUUCUCUCGUCUACGGUAAUCCUUGGAUCCCUCCAUAGACAAGCCAUCACAGUCAAGGCGAACCCCUCCUUCACUCGUCCACUCUCAUUCGAAAGCAAUCGGACCAUGCAUCCCCUCGCACGAAGGUGGAACCCGCCAAGUCACCACAACUUACGAUACCGUACGGUAGUACCAGGUACUCGAGUACGGUCCCGUACAGUACCGGUAAGUCUAGAACGAAUUCUCUGUACUUCCAUCCUCAUGGGGCUCAAAAUAACGUGCGCUAGAGGUACAAGUCUGAGCGCUGCUGCGCAUGUAUUGUACUGCACGGUACUGCGCUGCACUGUACCUUAGGCCCGACUCCGCAGGAGUCAUACGCAGCCUUAGAGUGCUGAUCUACCGGCACCCUCGAUUGCAUGGAGUGUCGUUUGGGGGCAUUAUGUCCGAAGACUCUUCAGAGCCAGAAUAUAUCGUGUCAUGCAGGGUAAAUUGUUUUCUACCGUACUAGUGCUCCUGGAGCCAGAAUGAAUACGAGUGCGAAAUUCCCACUUUCCUCAGGAAGUUUCUUUUCUGCUCUGUUCUGACUGUUAUGUUGUGGUGGUUGGCGUUGUGCGAUGGAUCGGGGGUGGAGGGGUGGAGCUGAAACGAUGGAAUCGUUUCUGCGGAGUUAUCGGUACUGCACCGGUACAUUACCGUAUGAUAGAAGCACAUGGGUCGCACGGCGCUGAAUACAAACCGAAAAAAAAACUAAAACUAGAACUUGUGCCUCUGGUCUUGGCUAUUUUGGUUCCUCGUGUAAGAGAUAGAUAGGCCAUACCUAGGUUUUCGCAAACUUGGAUCGAGCGACCGAUAGCCUGCAGCUUUCCAACGACCC